AUGGAUGCUCCCUCAAAUCCAAAUCCACCAGCAUCAAAUGGUCCUAAUGACCCUUUGAUUGUGGAUGAUGAAUCCCUACCAAAAAAAGCUAGAGUUAAUGAGAAUCGAUCCACCAGAGAGCCAUCUGAUGUUUGGGAGCAUUUUGUUAGGUUACAAAAUUGUGAAAAGUUAGAAUGCAAAUAUUGUAAGAAGCAAUACAAUGCUGCAAGGAGGAAUGGGACCUCAUCCAUGCGGGCUCAUUUGCUAAUAUUUCCAAAUCAUAAAGGGGAGGAAAUUGGAAAAACUAUUGAAAGGUGCUUGAAUGAUUGGGGUAUCAAAAUGGUGAUAACUGUCACAGUUGAUAAUACUAAACCCAAUGAUGUGGCUCUUGAUUAUUUGAAGAAGAAGUUGGAGAUGAAGGAUGGUUGUAUGUUGGGAGGCCGGUUCUUGCACAUGAGAUGUGCUGCCCAUAUAUUGAAUCUCAUUGUGCAAGAGGGAUUGAAAGGCAUUCAUAACUCAAUUGUUAAGGUGAGGAAUGUAGUGUGCUAUGUUAAAUUAUCUCCAAAAAGGAUGGAUAGGUUCAAGGAAGCUAUAGAGGAUGAAAAAAUCCAAUCUAAGAGUUUGUUAUCUCUUGAUGUCUCUACUAGAUGGAAUUCCACAUAUCUUAUGUUAGAGGCAACCGAGAAGUUUGAAACAACCUUUGAUAGAAUGCAUGAAGAGGAUGUGGAAUUUAGUUCUUGCUUUAUGGAGGUAGAUGGAAAUGGGAAAUAG